UUUCAAAAUUGUUAAUUGUGGGGUAUAACUUGUUAUGAUCAACAAUAAACAUUCUAUGAGCUUUUCUUUUCUUUUCUUUUCUUUUUGCUGCUUGUUUUGCUUCCUCUUUCUUUCUCUCUGUAUCAAUAGUUUCAUCAUAAACCAUUAAAUUCUCUUCAUAUUUAUUCUUUUAAUAAAUAAUAUUCAUACUUGAUUCCUUUUAUCUUUCCCUCAUACAAAUAACUCACUUUUUUCCUGUUUUGAUACUCCACAUACUUAGCUUAACAAGCAAUCAAUAAUCCCAUAAACACCUAUUUUCAUAUUCCUUUUUCUAAAUAUAUAUAUUUUGGGUUUAUUUUGACUUGUAGAAUGACUCUAACUUUAUAUUAGAUAGCUGGGUUGCAGAAUACUAGCUAGGUCGCUGGCUCUAACUUUAUUUUGGGUUGGGUUGAUUGAAAACUUUGUUAAAACCCCUUUUUUUGGGUCCUAAACAAACCCCAAGUGUAAAAAUUUUAUUGGGUGUAAGUGAUAUAAUCAAAGGUGAAAAAUUAAAGCAAAGGUCUGAAUAAACUUUCCAUGAAAGAGAAUAAGAAGAUGAAUAAUAAUGGGGUUUUAUAUGUUGUGAUGAGGUGCAUGAUUAGUAUGAUGGGGUUAACAAUAACAUUAUUGAUGAUGGGUGUUGAGGGGAAUAGCAUAGGUGCAAACUGGGGAACACAAGCAACACACCCAUUAGAAGGAGAGAUAGUAGUAAAAAUGUUGAAGGAUAAUGGAAUACAAAAGGUGAAGCUUUUUGAGGCAGAUGUAAAUGCAUUGAAGGCACUUUCUAAGUCUGGUAUUGAAGUUAUGAUUGGGAUUCCAAAUGAUUUGUUGGGUCUCUUAUCAACUAAUGUUAAAGCUGCUGAAAAUUGGGUUGCCAAAAAUCUCUCUUCUUAUGUCUCUUCUCACGGUGUUAAUGUCAGAUACGUUGCAGUAGGCAAUGAACCGUUUUUGAAGACAUUGAAUGGAACCUAUGAUGCAAUGACACUUCCAGCACUUCAAAACAUUCAAUCAGCACUAAUAAAAGCAGGACUUGCUAAUCAAGUGAAGGUAACUGUCCCUCUAAAUGCUGAUGUAUACCAGACCUCAACCAAUGUCCCUUCCGGUGGUGACUUUCGCUCAGACAUAAAUGAACUCAUGUUGCACAUCGUCAAAUUCUUGAACGACAAUGCGUGCCCUGUCACGAUCAAUAUCUACCCCUUCAUAAGCCUCUACAAUGACCCAAACUUCCCUCAAGACUAUGCUUUCUUUGAUGGAUUCUCGUCUCCCUUGGAUGACAAUGGCAAGACGUAUACCAAUGUUUUCGAUGCUAAUUACGACACACUCGUUUGGUCCCUUCAGAAGAAUGGAUUUCCAAAUAUGUCGAUCAUUGUAGGAGAAAUUGGAUGGCCAACCGAUGGAGACAAGAAUGCUAAUCCUACUAAUGCUAGAAGGUUCAACCAAGGCCUUGUCAACCAUCUCUCCGGAGGCAAAGGUACUCCUAUGAGGCCGAAUGGUCCCAUUGAUGUAUACCUUUUUAGCCUCAUCGAUGAGGACGACAAGAGUAUUUUACCGGGAAAUUUCGAGAGGCAUUGGGGGAUCUUCAACUACGAUGGAACACCAAAGUAUCAGCUCAAUCUAGGCACGACAAAAGGCGGUUCUCUGAUUCCCGCUAAAGGGGUUGAAUAUCUGCCCAAAAAAUGGUGUGUUCUGUCGUCCUCAGCAAAUUUGAAUGAUCCUCAAGUGGCUUCGAGUGUGAGCUAUGCUUGCGGAAAUGCUGAUUGUACUAGCCUCGGGUAUGGCACAACCUGCAAUAAUCUUAAUGCACAAGGGAAUAUUUCAUACGCGUUUAACAGUUACUAUCAAGAACAAGAUCAGCAGGAAAAGGCCUGUCAAUUUCCGAAUGGUAUUUCGACAGUCACUACUAAAGACCCAUCUACUGGGACUUGUCGAUUUAUUGUGCAGAUUAAGAGUAGUGAUCCUGGUACAGGAGCAAGCAGUGCAGAUCAUUCGGGUUCUGGUUUUGGGAAAUCUCCUGCACAUUUUCUUUUCUUAGUGUUGAUAAUUGCUGUCAUUGUUAUGUAAAUUCUGCUCAACAGGAUCACUGAAGUUUCUGUCUUUUUUGGUGCAUUUUGUUUCCUUAAUGAAUGUCAAAUUGUCUUGUGAAUUGUAAUUUUGAAUACAACUAUCGCCUAUCGGUGUGGAUGCUUCCACCUGGUUUAUGUGCGAGCUACGAAGUUUUCUAGAUCUCGUGGGCAUGUGCAAAAAGCAAAUGUAAACCAUCCUUGGAAGAUUUGAAAAAGUCCUCUUCGAUGGUUUAAGUCUUGUAACAACAAUUGGUAAAUACUACUAACAAUGCC